CCUCCUCCUGACGUCCAGCAUGUUCAACAACGAAGAGCGCUCCGUGUCGCGUGCACCGUCUUUCUCCAAAGCCUCACAUCGAACGCACUCCACGACGCGGACUUCCACUAUCUCCCGAGCUCGCUCUCGGUCCCGCCCACGUUCACGCACUCAGUCGCUCGUCAAGAAAAACGUCGCCCCAACAGACCUGCGACCCUCUGACAUCCUCAUCGACAGAUUCGUCGCAUGGAAGGCCAUCGUUAAGCAGCUGAUUGCAUAUUUCGAGGGCGUCGCGGAUAUUGAAAGUAAUGUCGCCAGGGAGUACACAAAGUUAGGUGCCGUGGUUCAGGUACCCUUCAAGAGUGGAACACAGUUUUUGGGAGAGGGUGGGUUGCAGGACGUGUUCUAUACUGUUCGAGACAAGGCACGUCACAUCGCCGACCAACACGCCAAUCUUGCCCGGACGGUCGACAGCUCCAUCGUGCAACACCUUCAGAAACUCCGUACGGAGAUCAAGGCUCAUAUCAAGAACAUUCAGAACGAUACGGGUAAACUCGCUACAAGCGUCGCCAAAGAGCGUGAACUGUCCGCUCGUAUGAUCGGCGAACUCGCAACGGCCACCAGCGUGUUCAAGAAUACGCCUAUGAACGUGACUCCCAAAUCCGAUCCGUACGUUAUCAACAUGUCCGUUUCCCACCAACUUCAGAAACAGAUCCACGAAGAGAACGCCUUGCAGAAAUCUAUCAUCAUCAUGCAGCAGAACUCUGCUCACUUUGAAGAGGGAAUCGUUCGCGCCAUCCAGUCUGCGUGGGCCACCUUUGCCGAAUGGCGUGAUCGUUCGUACACGAUCGUGUCGGACUGCAUGGGGAACAGGGAAUGGAUUGCUUUUGCAGCGAGGGAGGACCACUUGUUGGAUCCUGAAACUCCCCUUCGAAAUCCCAGUACCAUUACCUAUCCGGGUCGAGAGGAUCCGGCUGCAUCACCUGUCCAUGCUGGAUAUUUGGAGAGGAAGAAGAGGUUCACAAGGACGUACCGUGAAUCAUUUUAUGUCUUAACAGCAGCGGGGUUUUUGCAUGAAUAUCCAACCUCCGAUCCGACACACAUCGGCACGCAUCCACCCAUGUUUUCGUUAUUCUUGCCAGCAUGUACGCUAGGUCCACCUUCCGCAUCUCGGGCGAAAUCGCACAAGUUCCAUAUCGAGGGAAGCAAAGAUGGGGAGGGGUUCAGCCACUCGGGCUCCAUACGUCGUUCGGUGCUGGGCGGCAUGGGUUUAGGGAAAGGUGCGCAUGCGUGGGCGUUCAGAGCAAGGAGUCGUGAAGACAUGAUGGAAUGGUGGAACGAUAUUAGGAUGUUGUGUGCCAGGUAUCUUGUUGCUUCAGAACAGAUCGAUCGUGGUGGGCCUGUCGAGGCUGCUGUACGCUCCGCAGGGUACGUCAGUGAGGAAGAAGACGAGGAAGAGGGAGAGGAAGGAUCAAGCGUCGAAGAGAGCGAUGUAGACGUGGAUGCGGGAGAUGAGGGCGAAGAGGGGGAAGACGAUCUGUACCAGGAUGCUGAGACUAAUGAAGAACCACCUUCGUAUUCCCAUCCUGGAGGACCGAACGGGUACGCGAAGGACCAUAGUGGAUACGUCUCGAGACAGCCAUCACAGCGUCAACUGGAUAAGGCUCCGGAAGGACGCAGUGUUAACCCCGCCAGAGAUGGCCACCCUCUCGCGAAUAGCGACAAGAACGACGGUCGUUUAAAUAGCGGUGCCCGCACUAUGACGAACCAACCAAACGAGCAGGCGUCGAUCACUGCAGCUAGCCGGAGCGGUGAACAGGAAGGAGCUCCUGGACCAGCACCCGUGGAAAGUCGGUUCACGGAGGAGUUGUAAUGGAUUCCUACCUGCUGUGGUUCAUUCGCAGUUGGGAGAUAUAGGAGGCCCCCCCUCAUGUGUAUAACAAACUAAAGGACGAAUGCUUGAAAUCCACCCACAAGGUUGACAAGGUUAAGAACCAUGCUUCCUCGUGUAGUACUCUUGUGUAACAUCCAUGUGCCAGUACUGCCUUUCGACUUCACCAAGUUUUCUUCUUACCAGCGAUCAACGAUCAUCUAUGCGUUAUUUACUGUAGUGCCGACGAGAAGUGAAGUACUUUCAGCAGUGGCACAAUAAGAACCUGAAGGUAACCUGUCAGUGUAGGGGUUGGUCUAGGGAGGGUUGUUACAGCCUAGUGGCUACCUGUAGACUGAUGAGAUUGGUUAAGAUAGGAAGGGUGUGAUUCUAUGUUUGAUAGCAC